AUGAACUCUCGCUCGGAGGUGUCAAAACACCGCAAAAUAGCCAUCGUGGGCGCCCGCAACGUGGGCAAGAGCUCGCUCACGGUGCAAUACGUGGAAUCGCAUUUCGUCGAAUCCUACUACCCAACCAUCGAGAACCAGUUCACCAAACAGCUGGUGCUGGGUAAGAACAACUACACCCUGGAGAUAUGCGACACUGCGGGCCAGGACGAGUUUUCACUUGUCAACACCAAGUCGCUAAUCGGUGUUAAGGGCAUCGCGAUCGUGUACAGCUGCGUUAACCGGGCGAGCUUCGAGAUAGUGGAGCUCGUACGCGACAAAAUCGUGGACCAGCUUGGGCUGGAGACAAUCCCCACGGUGGUGGUUGCUAACAAGAUCGACUUGCGGGAUGCGCAGGGCCACAGCGAGGUGUCGCAAGAAGAAGGAGCAGCCCUUGCCAAGGAGCUGGGUGCCGGGUUUGUGGAGUGCAGCGCGAAGCAGAAUGUUGGUGUGGACGAGGCGGUGGGCCAGCUAGUGAUGCGGAUCGAGGGACUCGACGCCAAGGGCGAUGCCAGCGGGUGCGUAGUGAUGUAG